GAUGACAGUGACAGACACUCCAUUCUCUGAGGGUCACUUAAGGAACAUUUGUUUCUUGGAUACAUGACAGUGCUUUUCUUCCUACCUUGAUGAGAGAGCAGGGCCAAUGGGCUGUGAACAUAAAAGAAACAUCAAAGAAAGCCCAGGAACUUAGGCAGGAGACUUAGCCCAGGAACUUCUGGCAAGGAGAUUGGAACUAAGUGUUCUGAAGAAGACACUGGAAAAGAAGAGACCAGACAGCAAUGUCUUUUUCCUCCCACCCUUCUAACUCCCUCAGUUCAGAGGUUUCUCAAACUCAAAGGAUGUUCCUCCCUCCCAGACUGGUCUUUAUCCAGAAACCUUGUAAGCUGCCUCUCAGCUCCAGGCUGUCCUUGCCCUUGAAGAAGCAGCUAUUCCUUCACCCAGCUGUCUUCAGAUCCUUUCCCUAACACUCCAUGAGAAUUGCCACAGAAGCUUGUUCUACCUCCUCUGCAUUUCCAGAACAAGUGUCAAGGACCAGAGAUAAUCCAGAAGCAUCUCUUGUCCAAGGACCAGCUGGAGUGUUGCAACCCACGGACUAGGAGGAAUGACACCAGUUGUGGUCCAGCUCUUCUUCCUCCAGCUUGUUCUAGGGCCAACUCUGGUCAUGGACAACAGGCUGCCUAUGGCCAUCAAGAACUUCCGCAACUUACACAUAGACUAUCCCAGAGUGGUGUAUCCAAGGGGUUUCCGUGGCUACUGCAAUGGUCUUAUGGCCUAUGUGCGGGGCAGAAUGCAAGACUGGUUUUGUCCAAAGAUCCAUUAUGUGGUCCAUGCCCCCUGGGAAGCCAUCCAGGAGUACUGCAAGUACAGUGAGAGUUUCUGUGAGAACUACAAUGAAUACUGCACACUCACCCAGAGCUCCUUCCCUCUUACAGUCUGUACCCUGGGCCCUAGACAGCCGCCCACCAGCUGCCGAUACAAUAGCACCCUAACCAACCAAAGGCUCUACCUGCUUUGCUCCCGAAAGCGUGAUGGUGAACCCAUAGGUGUCAUCGGCCUCUACUAGGGAAUUUUAAUUCCCAAACCACCCCGACCUCCUGCAGAUCACUACAGGCCUGCCUUUUCCCUUUCCCCAACUUGGAUUCCCACAAGUUGUCUUUGCCCCUCCUUCCCUCCCUCCCUCCCU